CGGGAGGAGGAUUAUUCACAUUCAUAAUCCAAAGCUUUCAAAGAAACAAGAUUUUGUUUUGUUUUCACAAACUUCCAUAUAUACUAUUUACAUAACAGCUAUGGAACGACGUCGAGCUCUUCAACACAGUUUUUCUUAUUUUUGUCUCUCUUCGUCGUCUAUACUAUACUGGUGUAUUUUCUUUCUCGUAUUGUUAUUUACGUCAGCUACAAAUGCUUUAGUGAAACUUCCGGAAAACACGACCAUUCCGGCAAUAAUAGUGUUCGGAGAUUCAAUAGUGGAUGCCGGAAACAACGACGAUAUGAUAACGGAGGCUAGAUGCGAUUAUCCUCCUUAUGGUAUUGAUUUCGACGGUGGAGUUCCUACGGGAAGAUUCUCCAAUGGAAAAGUCCCCACUGAUAUGCUAGCGGAAGAAUUAGGGAUUAAACCAUAUAUACCGGCAUAUCGAGAUCCAAACCUAAAACCAGAAGAUCUCUUAACCGGUGUAACAUUUGCUUCUGGUGGCGCUGGUUAUGUUCCUUUGACAACACAAAUAGCGGGUGGAAUACCAUUAUCGCAACAGUUGAAAUAUUUUGAAGAAUAUUUAGAGAGAUUGAAUGGAUUGGUCGGAGAUGAGAGGACAAAGUUCAUAAUUAAGAAUAGCUUGUUCGUUAUUAUAUGUGGUAGUAACGAUAUCGCCAACGACUUCUUUACUUUCCCUACUGUUUGGCACCAAUACGACGUCGCUUCUUUUACCGCUCUCAUGGCUGAUAAUGCUCGCUCUAUUGCUAUGAAACUCUACGGAUAUGGAGCAAGAAGAAUACUUAUGUUUGGUGCACCACCAAUAGGAUGUGUCCCUUCGCAGAGAACCGUAGCAGGAGGACCAACAAGAGAUUGUGUUGUUAGGUUUAAUGAUGCGUCAAAACUUUUCAACGCUAAGCUCUCUGCAAAUAUUGAUGGCUUGUCAAGAACCUUACUAGACACGACAUUAAUCUAUAUCGACAUCUACAAUCCUCUUCUUGAUCUCAUUUUAAACCCUCAUAAAUAUGGUUUUAAGGUGGCCAAUUUAGGAUGUUGCGGAACCGGACUAAUAGAAGUGACUGCACUAUGCAACAACUAUACAGCUGCUGUGUGUCCCGUAAGAUCGGAUUAUGUGUUUUGGGACAGUUUUCAUCCCACUGAAACAGCUUACAAAAUUAUAGUUGCAAAACUUCUUGAUAGAUAUCUCAACAGAUUCUUAUAAUUAAUUGAUAUAUAGCACCUACAUUUUGUGUUUUAACAUGUUCGGCACAUUCUAUUUAUAUGAUUAUUUGAACUAUCA